UCUCUCUCUCCCCCCGUGUUUACACAAUAAAAACAGAAGAUUUUGGACUGGAAGACUACCGCUAGUCUUUUAGACUUGUUCCCUUUGGCUUCUUUUUAAACCCCUCUCAUCGCUUCCAUUUCCACCAAAUAUUAUUCAGCCACAACUAAAAAUGGAGCUAGCUCUGAGCUUAGGGGAUGCUUCAAAGCCGUUUCUCUUUCUCGACAAAGCUCCAAAGAUGGGCGGCAACAUGGAUAUAGGGUUUUGCAUGGGCUUGGGGACUGCUGCUUUCAGUGCUGCACGAUCGGAUGAGAGUAGCAGAAAGAGUACCUAUGAAGUUUAUGAUCAGGAUGAGAGAAGAAGUAGGAUUUCAUCAGAUCCACCUCUUCAGCUUAAUCUCUUGCCUUCUGCUCCAGUUCCUCGUAGCCACGUUUCUUCUCAGCUUCGCUUCCCAUGGCUUACUGAUAAUCUGGCUGUGUCUGAACCGGCCGGUUCAUCAGAUGGACCGGGAAUAGGGUUGGAUGUGAACCGGAUGCCGGGAGUGUUGGCCUCGGCUGAGGAGGCCGAAGAUGCGGCGGCUCCGCUGUCAUCUCCGAACAGCACGGUUUCAUCGUUUCAGAUGGAUUUUGGAAUGAGAAAUGGAGGAAGAUCGAGCAAGAGAGAUUUGGAUGUUGACGCCGACAGAGCGAGUGAUGACGAGGAGAACGGGUCAACUCGGAAGAAACUCAGGCUUUCUAAAGAUCAAUCGGCUUUUCUUGAAGAGAGCUUCAAAGAGCACAGCACUCUCAAUCCUAAGCAAAAACUUGCUCUGGCUAAACAGUUGAAUCUUCGUCCACGGCAAGUGGAAGUGUGGUUUCAGAAUCGAAGAGCAAGGACAAAGUUGAAGCAGACAGAAGUAGAUUGUGAGUACUUAAAGAGAUGCUGUGAAACACUGACAGAAGAGAAUAGGAGGUUACAGAAGGAACUGCAAGACUUGAGAGCUUUGAAGACUUCUCAGCCUUUCUACAUGCAGCUGCCUGCCACCACACUCACCAUGUGCCCCUCAUGUGAACGCGUGGUCACCACCGCCUCAGCCAACACCUCCACCACCACCACCACCAACCACCACCACCACAUAAAGUCUGCUCUGAACAACAACAAGCCAAGGUUAAAUCCAUUUACUGCUGCUCAAGUCCACAUACAGCAGCAUCAAGGUGCUGCUGCAUGACAUGCCAACAUAGAAUCUGAUAUCAUGCACUCUCCAUUCCAUUUGUAUAUAUUUUUGGCUUGGAGUUGGGUUUUAAUUAUUUUUUUCUUUUGUUCUCUUUAUUAUUUUAGUUGUGGUUGUCCCAAUCUUUGUCUCCGUGGUUUCUUUCUUAUAACUUUUAGAAGCCAGAGACUGAAAGGGUGAUAUGGUAUAUUUUGGUUAUUGAAGAGGAAACUAGAAACGGUUUUGCUAGAAAAGCAUUUUUUGUUGGUAUUGGGUUA